AUGGUCUCGGAGCCCAUUCCUACUCAGUCUACUGCGAAGGUAUCAUCUCUGAUUUCCACUUCAGUUCCUUUAACUGGUAAAACAUUUCAUGUUCCUUCUCCUCCACCUUCUCCUACUAUUACUUCUACCCCAAUCUCUACACCUAUCACCGUUGCUACUUGUCCAAAUGUAUCAGUUGGGGUUUCACAACCACAAAUCUCGGUUGCUCAAACAACUCCACUAUACACCGACUCCACCACAACAACAACCGCCACUAGUUCACCUCCAGUGACUGUCAACGUAUUUGAUACAGGGACAGAUUUCCAUUACAGCCGAUUCACUAUUCAUCAGGAGAGUGAUGACGAUGAUGCACCCAUGACGAAAGGGCAGUUUAAGGCCCUCAAUAAAAAAUUAGAUACUCUGCUCGAGUCAUCCAAAUCUUCAUCUAACAAUUUAGAAGCUACAAGAGGAUCUUGCCACGGAAAAACUGAGAAAGUGAAAGUUCUUUUUAUGAAGCUAUCUCAAGCCAACAAACAGAUUGACGAUCUUAACUCCGAGAAGGCUGUUGUCAAAAGCUGUGUCGCAGAUGUCAACCUUUACUUGCAGAAUCUAGUAGAGACUUGUGACUCUUUGCUUAUGUUCCCGGUAGGACAACAUCUGGUUGAAAAACUCAAACCGGUCUUCUCCAUGCUCAAUCGUAUUGAAGGUGUUUUGGAAUCGGAUGCUCUUCUGAAACAAAGGGGAAAAGCUAAGAAGCCAUCUAAUGAAGAACCCAAAAACACAGUUGAUGAUUCUGGUGAGUUCAAACACAAAACACAACCGAAAACAAAAGAUUAG